AUGCCGCCCAAAACCGCCACUGGCAAGCGCGCCGCCCCGAAGCCCAAACCGUCCAAGAGGGCUCAAAAGCGCCAAAAGCAAAAACUCCAGGAAGCGGCUGAGGCCGAAAAUGAGAGCGCGGAUCGCAACGACGAUCUCGGCUCGGAUGAGGAAGAGGAAGAGCGAGAUGAAGACGAAUCAGAGGAAGAACUUGAAGAUGACGAAGUCGAGGUCGUCGAGAAGGUUAGUGGCUCAAAGAAGGGCACAGGAAACUCCACGAAGAAGAAUGCAACCCCAGCCAAGACCCCAACCAAGAAGACGGCCAGGCCCAAAGACACAGCGGUCGUGUGGUCCAAAGCUGACCAAAAAUUCUGGGAGGAACAGGAGAGCCACCAGAACAGCAGUGACUUUAGCGAAAUCAACGAAUUUUUCAUGAAUCACUAUCACUUUGUGACGCAGGACGAGCUGGACGCCAUCAUCCCGAAGAAGCCAGUGCUCGACGAAGGCUGGUCGGCGAAGGAUGAAAAGAGACUGGUCAAGGCGUGGAAGGCGGAUCCCGACCGUGACAUCCAGAUUAAGUUCGUUGUCGAGAUCCUGAAGAUGUGGAAGGCAUGCAUCCGCUUCUGCAAGUUGACGCCCCGCCAGCUCAUCUCCAAGGCCAACCAUCUGGAAUACGACGACGCGCUCAACGAAGCCAUCAACAGAGGCACAAUGCGGCCCGGCUGGACCAACGGAUUCUGCACGGAGCUGACGCACUUGCUCUACCAUCCGCUUCUGCAGGGGAAGCCGGGGCUUGUUGUCAUCGCGCUGCAGUACGCCUCGAUCCUGCGGCACAAGGACUGGCAGGACUGGCCGCUGAAGAACCCGACCGGGGAUCCCCUCUUCACGCGCUUCAUGGAGCUGAUUCAGGAGGACAAGGGACUCGGCACGCCCAUCAAGCACCUCCACCAGCGGACGCGCGACAGUCUCCUGAAGGACGGCAUCGAUCCAGGCAUGUUCUCCAACUUUCUUCGUUCGCUUGAGGCAGUCGCCCAGGCCACUGACCCGGUAGACCCCAACGAUGGCUUCCCUUCUCACCCGUACAAGGUUCACAGGACCGACACCAUGAAUGUCAUCCAGGCCUUGGACGGCAUGACGCACAUGGGCGGGCUCCCGACGUGGGGCCUAAUGACGAAGCUCUACAACAGCUUUGUCACCUCGAGAAAGGGCUCGGGCAGCGAGCUGCCAAGCCAGAAAAGCCUCCCCGAAUACAUGGAGCGCGACAUCCUCGCCGUCCGCCGUGAAGCCGCGAAAGAAGUCAACAAGCAGAAGCGCAUUGCCGGCAUGGACACGCCCUCGUCGCCGCGAUCCCCAGAGGAAGAGUCUUCACCGCCGCAGCCUGAGAUGGUUACGGUGCCCAAAGCCGAGGUCAACGAGCUCGAGGAGGUAAACGAGGAGGUCAUUCAGUUGAGGAGAGAGGUCCGGGAUCUCAAACGUCGCAACUUUCAGCAAGACCUCAUCAAGGGAAAAGCCCCGAAUAGGGGGUCCGACAGGUCGGCGGCUGACGAGUUGAGCGAACGGGACAGCUCUGAUGAGCCGCAAACCGCUGACAAGUCUGCGGAGCAGAAGCAGGACGACCUUGCCGAUGCCAUCGCGGCCUUUCAGCAGCUGCCUCACCCGUCGUUUGAAGGAUUCCGUCUCAGGAUGCACUAUUCAUAG